AUUUUGGUCCGUGUUGAAACGUAGAACAAGCGAAGAACCUUUGUUUUUGAGGUCAUGGAAGACAGUUUUACUCUUUUUUUGUCGUUUAUAGCACUAAUUAUAUCUCAAAAAUUACGAAAGUUAGGCAGGUUAUCUGUUUAUCUGUUUAUGUUGAGCUGAACGUGUUCGCCAUUGACAGCUGGUCGGCAGGUGGCGCAUGGCGGAAGUAGUAGUCUUAUUCAUUUUAGCCGUCUUCAGGUUAUUUUAAGAUGCAGCACAGGCAAAAGUAGAAUUGAAAUAGGUGUCUGUGUAAUAUAAUUUGAUUUACUACAUAUUCCUUCUCAGCAGCACAGUUAAUUUAAACUAUUGUGCUUUUAUCGGCAACAAAACGCUCCAACGGUUGUGUCACUAAUUGCUGUAUUUUGAAAAUCCAGACACCGGACGCAUGUAUCACUAAAAUUGCUUGACUGAUCACAGUCACAUCAGCUGUACAGGCUGGGGGAACACUGACCCAGUUAAUUGAACAGGGGACAACAACAGCGACGACACAACACAUCACAUCGACCGAUCGAAGUGAAAGACUGCUCCGUUUUCUGUAACUGAUUCGGCCUUGGAGAGAAAUAAAAACAACUUAAUUUUCCUUCCCUGUGGCAGCCAGAAGAAGCUGUGCGUGGGACUUGGUGUCAUUACAGAGAAAGCUCCACCAACCUAUCUGCCUAGACGCCAAUACAGAGCUGACAAGUGCACUAUUGACUGCUGCAACUGAGAGAGAGAGAGGAAGAGGAGGAAGAAACAGACAAAGAGAGAGAGAACUUGUCCUUUCCGGAUAUAAGGGGGGUUUUAGACACGGGGAUCAUUGUUUUGCAGAAACUUCUCAAGGGAAAAGUAGGUAUUGAAAUGUCUGUAAUGGCUGAGCUGUCAUCAGCCCAGGUGACCGGGUCCACCUGAGCGUUACUGCUGCUGCACCCACUCAAUCAGUCUGUGGCAUUUGCUGUGCAGUAAUAAGGCAAAUCUACAGUGUUGUGACUUAAGCAAGGAGAAAAAAACGUGACUGAAUCCCUCAAAUUUUUUGUCUGGAUUAUUUUUACCUGGAGCUUAUUUUCUAUUUUAGUGGCUUACCUGGGAGAGAAAAAGGAGGACAAAUGACUGUUUGUGGAUUUGGGACUUACUGAGCUGUUGAUUAUAGCACAGAAGGAGGCUGCUGGGACUCAAGCAUCUGUGUGCAGGAAUGCAGAUUCACAUAAGGAGACAGACCAUACAGUAGUCUCCUGGUGAGACGUUGUGGAGAAGAGGCCUGCUGACAUCCUGAACAAAGUGUCCCAGGACCGUACUGUUCACCCCCCCCCCUUUUUUUUUUAGUCCCUUCAGCUGUAAGAAGUUGUAUGAGAAAAAGUGCAGUAUGGCUCUUUUACUCAGACUAACUCCAUGCGUUUCUCAUCAAAUACGUAAUGUUUGAGCAGCUGAGCCUGCUUAGGCCCCGGAGGCGGCCAUGUUGGAUCUCUUCCACAAAGUGCUGGUGUUGAUCCGUCUUCACCCAUCACCUCACAGCACCUUGUUGCCAACCUAACUCCUCGCUCCCUCUCUCUUCCCGCCACACCUCUUUCUUCCACCGCCUGACCGGGAGAAAGGUCCUUGGUCCUUGUGGAAAAUGUCCUAUGCACACCACAAGCUGCUUACCUGGAGCUUACCUCAACUCCUCCUUCUACCGUUGACCUACCUCUGGCUCUUGACUCCUUCCACAGGUGUGUCAGCAAAUCUCUGCCGGGUGACUGGCGGGGUGCUGGGGAUCCACUGGAGCAGCAUCAUCACCCUGGGUUGGCACCCUCUGGCGGACGGGAGAGGCGGGGCGACAUGUUGGGAGUCCUGCUGCUUGAAUCCGAGCUGCAACGCCGUGUGGAGCCUCGGCGGGCGAUGUGUGCUUCUCAGUUGCACGCAGGAUAGGGGCUGCCCCAUCUCCUCCCUGCCGCAGCCCCACCAGGAGUCCCUCGGCCUCCUUCAGCUACUCUCAAAGGGUCCCGUCACAAGAAGACGCAGAAAAGCUCGUCACGCACAGCAUGCAGUAAGCAACAGACCGCACACUGGACAACUAACCAGCAUGGAAAGUCCUGAACUGGAAACAGCUCACACUACUCCAGCAGUACCCAGCACCAUCACACUUCUUCAAACAGCCCAAAAGAACCAUAGCCAGUUAGCCAAUGGGAGUGCAGACACUGCUCCAGCUCCAUCACAGCAGAACUCAACGGUGGACAACACCGUCGAUACUGCUGCGUCUUCCAAUAACAGUGACAUCGGCACACCCACACCCACAGCCACUGCAACUGCAACUGCUAUCAUCACAACUCCAACACCGGCUGUGAGGGAGCUGGUGGUGUCAGCAGGAGAGAGUGUGGAGGUCACGCUGCCCCGCAACGAGGUUGAACUCAACGCCUUUGUGGUCUCAACUCCCCCACAAGGGACAAACUAUGCAUUUGACUGGCGUCUGAUAACUCAUCCCAAAGAUUACAGUGGGGAGAUGGAAGGAAAGCACAGCAAGACACUUAAACUCAGCAAGCUGACUGUGGGCCUGUAUGAGUUUGAGGUGACCGUGGACGGGGAGGGGGCCCACGGAGAAGGUUACGUCAAUGUCACAGUCAAACCAGAGCCGCGGGUAAACAAGCCUCCUGUUGCCGUUGUUUCCCCAAAGUUCCAGGAGAUCUCCUUGCCAACCAGCUCUACGGUCAUAGACGGCAGCCAGAGCACCGAUGAUGACAAGGUGGUGGCGUGGCACUGGGAAGAGGUUAAAGGUCCCCUGAGGGAGGAGAAGGUCUCUGCCGACACCCCCGUCCUCACCCUUACCAGUCUGGUGCAUGGGAACUACACAUUCAGUUUGACAGUGACAGACUCAGACGGAGCCACAAGCUCCACACAGGCCUCCCUCUCAGUCCACAAAGCCAAGGACUACCGGCCUGUGGCCAAUGCCGGCCCUAACCAGGUCAUACAGUUGCCACGCAACUCCAUCACUCUGUUCGGCAACCAAAGCACCGACGACCAUGAUUCCCUGUCCUAUGAGUGGUCCCUCAGCCCGGAGAGCAAAGACAAGGUGGUGGAGAUGCAGGGCGUACGGACACCAAUCUUGCAGCUGUCGGCUAUGCAGGAGGGAGACUACACCUUCCAGCUGACCGUGACAGACUCAGCUGGACAGCAGGAUACCGCGCAGGUCACAGUCAUUGUACAGCCAGAAAACAAUAAGCCACCAGUAGCAGAUGCAGGACCGGAGAAAGAGCUGACGCUGCCAGUUGAUCGAACCACGCUGGAUGGCAGUAAGAGCAGUGAUGACCAGAAGAUAGCCACAUACCACUGGAAACAAACCAAGGGUCCUGAUGGUGUGAAGAUCGAGAAUGCAGACAGUGCUGUUGCCACGAUGACAGGUCUUGAGGUCGGCACGUACGAGUUCACCCUGACAGUAACUGAUGAGAGGAAGCUGCAGAGUAGCGACACUGUCACGGUCAUCGUCAGAGAAGAACUGGACCAGCCGCCAGUCGCUCAUGUUGUGUCGAGUCCACCUAUCUCUCUGCCUGCCAGGACCGCCACUAUAGAUGGGUCUCACUCCACUGAUGACAAAGGUGGAGUCAGCUACCUGUGGACCAGAGAUGAUAGCAGCCCUGCCGCUGGGGAUGUACUGAACAGCUCCGACCACCAGGCAGUGCUGUUUCUGGGAAACCUGGUGGAGGGGAAGUACAGCUUCACCCUGACUGUAACUGAUAGUAAGGGACAGACCAGCACUGACAGGGGCACAGUGGAGGUCAAGCCAGACAUAUGGGAGCGUGACCUGGUGGAGUUGGUGCUGGAGGUCUCCGUAUCCCAGGUCUCUCACCGUCAGCGCGACAUGCUACUGCGCCAGGUUGGGGUUUUACUGGGCGUGCUCGACAGCGACAUCAUUGUGCGAGAGAUCAGUGCGUUUAAUGAGCACAGCACUCGUUUGGUCUUCCUGGUGUCAGGCGGUCCAGGGCGCCCUCCUCUGUCUGGCCACAGCGUUGCACUUGGCCUACGCAGCAAACUGCGCAAACAGAAGAAUGACUUUCUCAUCUAUAAGGCUCGACGAGUGGAUACAGUUAUCUGUCAGCUAAACUGCUCGGGUCACGGCGAGUGUGACUCCUUCACACGGAGCUGUGUCUGCCACCCUUUCUGGAUGGAGAACUUCAUCAGAGCUCAGCUUGGAGAUGCAGAGAGCAAUUGUGAGUGGAGCGUACUCUAUGUGACUAUAGCAUCCUUUAUGAUUGUGGUUGCUAUAGCAACAGUUGUCUGGGGGAUGGUGUGUUGCUGCAACAGGCGUAAGAGCAAAGUGCGCAGAAGCAAAAGCAGGUAUAAAAUACUAGAAGCUGAUGAGCAAGACAGUUUGGAGCUACAACCACCUAGAGUUGCCCGCAUGAAGCCAGUGCCCCCUCCCACCUCCUCCGCCCUCAUGCACUCAGACUCUGACCUGGACAGUGAUGAUGGGCAGGGUGGGGUCCCGUGGACGGAGCAGGAGCGUGGGCAUCUCUUGCGGCCCCAGAACGGCUCCCUGAGGAACGGGCAGGGGCCGGCGAGGGGCAAAAAGCAAAGAGAAGAGCUGCUAUAGCAAGGAAGUAGGGGGGGGAGCUCGCUGCUGCCCUCACACACACACACACCUCCUCCAGCUGUCACACACCUCUGUUCCUCACUAUUCCUCUUUUGUUGUUGUUGUUCAACACAAAAACCUCACACCUCUCAUCCAUGAAGACAGACUGUGUGAUACCUGGAUUUAGGAAGAGAAAGAGGGGAAAACAUGCUGGAAACAUGUUGUCCCAAUGUCACAGAAACAAACACCACUGUACUGAAAUGUCCCUGCUCUCACACUGAGCCAAUUUGGAGGGGAAAAAAACAGCCGCUGAGAACUAGGGGGGAGCACUGUGUUUUGAAUGGUAUAAAAAUAUAACGUAGACCCCUAUUAUUUAACACAGUGACAUAAAGAAUGUACUGUUACCCCUCUCACUGAUGGCACACAUUGGUUAGAGACUGUGGGAGAGGAAGUAGCCUGAGUGACUUUCUGGAUAAAAAAAAAAAGCUUCAAUGACACGAAAACCAGCCACUUGACACGCUCACACCUUGCCUCUUGUAGACACGCAUGUACGCACACAAAGACGUCGUAUUCACACUGUUCCAGGUCAACCUGAUGCUACCAAACACUGCCAUGUUAAAACCAAUGGUUAACUCUGCUCUGAUGAUUUUUGUUAGAGGCCUACACGGUGACUCUCUGGAAAGAAAAACACAACCAAAAUAGAGCUACCAACAGCAAUGGACCCUCCUCCAAAAAAAUAAAAAAUAUGUGCAUGAAGAGUGACAGAGUAGUUCUGGUACAAUUUGAUACUGGAAUGAUCGCCUGCAUGUUUGUAUGUUGGGUGUAUGUGUGGAUUUUUCUGGCUGCUGAGCCAAAACAUGUUUCUCCAGAGCAGUUUAUAUGUUUUUAUGUCUGUUAUUAACCCAUGCAAGAGUCACAAUGUUGUCGGUUGUGUCAGAUGCAGAAGAUCUUUUUUUAAAAAUGCCUUGCUUUUACUGUGAAGGCUUCUCUGUGGGUUAAGUCGCUGGAACACACACUGGAAUACACAAUGCUGAUGAGUUUGGUCUCGACGGAGAUGAGAAUCAGAAUACGCUUUAUUGGCCCGGUAUGUGUACACAUACAAGGAAUUUGAUUCCGGUUUUUACGUUGCUCUUUAUGUACAUGUGCAGAAAUAGACAUAAAUAUGACUAAAAUACUGAGGAGUUCACGACACAACAAAUGGGAUGGACUGGACCCUACUUCCUCACUCGCCUCAAUAUUCAUUAAUGUAAUGACUGCUUGAACCAUGAAGACCACUUUUUUUUUUUUUACAAACAACCUCUGGGCUGUGAUUAUAUGUCGAUUCACUUUGAUUUCAUGUCUGUCAGCUUCAGUCUCAUUUUGUCUCUUGUUGGUUAAAAAGGGAGAUCUGUGAUGGUUAAAGUUGGAAGGUUCAGCCAUAAACACAGGACUUGACUGCAUUCAAAAUGUAUAAAAUAACUAGGUUCCUUGACUUUAAAGGUCAAAGGAAAUAAUAUAUUCUUUCUGUGCAAUUUCAGCAACCAAUCAUAAUCUGUUUGGUUCCAAAUAAGAUGAGCGCAUUUAUCCUUGCUUUCCUUUUGGCAAAUUUUCAGUUCCUUGUGUUACACAAAAAAGCACAGGGAAAUCUGUAUAAAUGACAUGAUCAAGACAUUAGAAAUUAGACAUUAAAACAGGCAUCACUAAACUUCCACUAGGGAUGAAAGUUGUGAGUCCAGAAAGACCUGAAACUGUUAAAUCCUGAAAACAAAUGGUUUCUUCCCACAAAUAGGAUAAGAGCAGGUUAAUCUGAGGGAUGUUUGCCUCUUCUGAGAGGCGACUGCCAUAAACACAACAGGAACGGCUGUAAGAACACAGAAGAGAAAGAAAAGCAACAGAAGCUGCUUCUAUUUCUUCUGUGUAUCCGUAGUAGUGACGGGUGUUUCUGGGCUGGUCUGCGCUGAGGAAAAACUUUAACCAAAUGACUCUUCCCUGCAACAUCUCAGUGUGUGACUGCUUUGCAUGUGAAACUGGCUGUAAGCCACUUUUUCUUUGGUUGUUGAAUGUUACAAGGGUACGCCAUUGAGACCGUUCAAUUUGUACUGUGUCUGAAAUAAGCAACCAUUUAAAAAAUUUUGCAAAAACAAAAAGAGUCAUAGUAUAUUUUACUGUUAAAUCAUCUCAUGCUGAUGUCAGUUGUGCUGCACCCAGUGCACAUCAGGCCAGAGCAGAGAUUGUUUUUUAAAUAUUUCAUUCAGACUCGCUGAAUUUAUCUGGCCAUCUUUUGCCACGUUCUGUGAGGCAAAUUAAAAUCAAGUGCACCCAAGUGCCAACUCUGUAAAAUGUCAUCUUUUGAACACUUUGAUAUAAAGUCAUAUCCUUCCUAUGUUACAUACUUUUUUUUUUUUUUUUUUUUGCACAUCAUAGGAAUUGGCUUUUGGAGUAAUAGAUGUUGAUUCACUUUCAUUUCUUGUUUAUCUGUGUACCUUUUCCCCCAAAACUCACAGUACAAAAACCCAUUCAAGGAUAAUUCUUUACCUAUACGGCACAGCAUUUCUUCUGUUACAUGUUAAACGUUUGCCAGUCACUUUUAGGAUUUAUAGAAGUAAAUGAAUUGACCUCGACUCUGAUGGAGUCCACUGUGAAGGCAGAGAGAAAAUGGGGAGCAACUGUUAAAUGAAGGGAGUUUAAUUUAAGAUGUUUUAUAUAAGGUUUUAGUGAAGGAUUACCCCUUCUUUCCUUCUGUGUGAUCAGACCUGAUGAACUGGAUAAUCUGUAAAGUAAAAUAAAAUGUUUCAGUUUGUUCUCGA